CUUCGUCCGCUGCUCCGAGUGUUGCAUUUCGGCGUCUCGCGCUUCAGCCACGCUGCCCGUUGGAGAGAGCCAUGUCUUUCUCGGGACAUCUCUACCUUUCUAAGUGUUGAUUCAAUAGCUUUAAAUCGAGCAACGAUAAGCUCUUAGCACCACCAUCUCUCCAUGUCAAUGUCAUAGCAACGAUUCUGGUAUCAAUCGCUUCUUUUGAAUCACAUUCGAAAUGCCGCCUCAUCUACAUCCGCGGUCGCGAUCGACCAUGUCUCUCUUUGCAGCGACACUCCUCGCAUCGCUCUUUGUCGUUGGCAUGCCGCACGUCUUCCCAUGCCCCGCUCCACGUCGUACGCUAGCCGAUUCCGAAAUGAUUGUAACCGCCGAUGGACAACAGAUACAGAGAAUUCGAAGGAAGAGGAGGAAAGACCCAAACAUGCUCGAACAAGAUGGGACGUCAAUACACCAAACAAGGCCCCAGUGCUCAGACGAGGAGGUGUCGACAUUCUUACAAAUGGAAGAGGAAGCAGAACGUCUGGCCAACACAGGAAGGGAAUGCCCUGUUCCUAAACCGAAGGGCGUUUUGGGCCAAUUGUUAGGAUUUCCAACUGCUGAGGGGAAGCAAAAACAGCGGACUCUCGGGACUGAGUCGGUGACUGCCCCAAACCAAGGAGGGUAAUAUUACAAAUUGGUCCGCAAUGGACUUGUUGACCCUAUGUGACACCAUGAUAGGCAAAGCGCAUUGAUACCGGCCGAUCGUGCAGUCUUCAUGCCGUUACUUGUCCCACAAAAAAGGGCACAAUUGCCUGCUAUACCCAUGUACAGAUAGUGUAGAUAUUAACACUUGUAUCUGCUUUUAUGUUGAUAUACCUCUGAAUUGAAUGAAUGACAC